AUGGGCACAGCCUGGAACCCCCACGGCAUCGGAUUGCGGCUCCUCCAAGCAGUUCGGCAGGUCCCACAGAAGAGGGGAGGCAAGUCUGCGGUGAUUGCGCCGCUUCUCGGCCUGCUCUUGGCAUCGGAUGGCCUCGUUCUCCAAGUGGUGCCCGAUGCGCUGCUGUCACAAAGCUUGGCGAUGACGCGGGCCCUCUUCGGUCAGGCCUUCUUCCGGCCCGUCUACCACAUUGGCUUUGACAGAUCCGACGCUACCGGCAGCUCGGCGUAUGCCCUGCUGCGGAAGGUGACGACGGCCACGAAGCAGCAUGCGGCCGUUUGCUCCACGGCCUCCUCCAUCAAAAGCUGCGUCCUGGCCUUCGUGGAAGCCGAGAUGAAGCUGAGCAGGCUAAAGACAGCACCUUCCGGCUCAGCUCGCAAUGCCCAGCAGUGUCUAGAGCUGGCCUCCAAGCUCGUCGGCGUCGACACCUCCCCCGAGAAAGAGCUGGAUUUCACCAGCCUCUGUCUUGCCGGUGUUCUGGCGACGUUCCAGUCGAGCGUGGGUGUGUUGGACGAAGUGGAUCUGCUCCUGCAUCCCCUGAUGUCGGAGCUGAAUUUCCCGGUCGGCGCCCGGGAGCCCCUGGACCUCUCCCCGGAGCGCUGGGAGUUGCCAAUGCAUCUCCUGCAGCCUUUCCUCUGCCUGGAGGCGGAGGUAGGCAGCGAGAGCCCUGCCUGGCAUGAGUGCCGCCAGGCGAUCGACAUGGGCAUAAAGCAGCUGGCCCUGCGCGACAGCCCCCAUGUGGUGCUGGUCAUAGAGGACUUCUACCACACUCACCUCGAGCCUCCUUUGCGGUCUUGGCUGUGCCAGUACUUCAGCGCCCACGCUGCCUUUCAAGCGGUCGGCGGCACCCCUCAAGCCAGGCAUGAUUGGCUCUUGGCCGCUCUGGGGGAUCCCGCAGCUGGUGGAAAGGAUCGGAAUCGGGCUAGCCAGCUGCUGGUUCUGGGGCGUGAUUGGUUGAGGCAUACGCUGCCUUUUGUGCUGGCCAAAGUGAACCGCGUGCAUUAUGGGCUCCUGCGACGGAAGGACACUGCAGACCUCGAAGCACGAGGCUACCCGGCUCGAGGCACUCGUCUGCAGAUGGCCGUGCCAUUCACUGGUCUCGAAACGCCCUCCAUUGCAUCGGAGUUCGCAAACCCAGAUGUGGCAAUUGGGCUAACGAUCCUGGCCUUCGGACACGAAGGCAUGCGGCGCAGCGAUGUGAAGACCAUGCUCUUGCUGCUGAAGUCCGACCUUCUUCGGGAUGUGGGGACCCCAACAGUUCAGCGCCAGGCCUUCCGAAGCUUCCAGGCCUGGACAAGGGCGGAUCCCUCAGAUGACGGCUUCGACUCCGGUGGAGUUCUGCCGUUGGACCUGAUCCAGCCCGAUCCCGCCUCCAUCCUGACUCUGAAGAGGCUCUGGGCUCGAAAAGCACCGGUGUAUUUAUACUACCUCCGCCGGGAGAUCUUUCCAAAGGCCACGCCCUCUCAGACCAAGAAGCUGUCGGCGUGCGCACAGGAGCUUGCUUCGCCGGUGUUGUUCAAGGUGCGCCUGGGCUUCUCUGGAACCCCUACCAACAUUCUCCCCUCGAGCUUGCCACCCGUGGAGUUCGACGGCGCCACGGACGGGAAGACCCUGGCAAUCCUGUCAUCACCGCACCUCGUGACCCUUCAUUGCCUGAAGCCUGGCUGGACGCCGCAGUCCCUAUUGGGGUACGUGGCCCAAAGGCGCCCGCACUUCUGUGCUUUGAUCGACACGGCCGCUUUGCUCUGUGGCCUGGAAAACGAAGAGGUUGCCAGGUGGCUCAUGGACAGCCCCCUCACCCAGGGAGAUGGCAAGGAGGGCUGCAUCUUCCUCGCCCGCGGCACCGACCUGCCCAUGAUCCUCCUGAAGGGCGCCGCAGCCGCAGUGCCUCUGGAGGAUGCCAGCACCCUUCCGGAGAAGCGGUUCUGCUACUUCGAUCAGCCCCACACCACGGGCAUCGACAUCAACCAGCCGGCGCUCGGAGUUGCUGCCAUCACCAUGGGAAAAGACAUGAGCAUCCGGGAGCUGCAACAAGGCGCCUGGCGCAUGCGCGGCCUGGCCCGGGGUCAAACCCUCGAGAUGAUUCUGCCAGAAGAUGUUGCGGCUUACAUGCGAAGUGCUUUGCAAGACCCGAGAGCGGUACCUCCUUCGAACAGCUCCCGUGCACUGCAAGACAUCCAGGCCUGCCUCUUGAUGCGCUCCUUGGAUCAGGAGGAGCUCCAAACUCGCCAGCUCGUGCGCCAAGACUUGGGCCACACCUGGAAGUCUCAGGCUUUGAAGGCUCUCAUGAGCGGCGGCCCCCGAAAAGAUCACGUGGAGGUGCUACUGGAAACCGUAAGUUCCGGUGUGGUGCAGCGGGCGCCCCGGACUCUGCAGGCGGCUCUGCGAGAUUUGGCAGCUCCCUUCGUGAAGGCAGCGCCGGUGGCCGCGGCUGUUGAGAGGGCGGUGGAGAGGGCCUUGCAACUCUUGGGCGAUCUCCCAGAGGACCUUGGAUGCGGAGGGGGGGAAAUUGUGCGUGAACAGGAGCAGCAACAGCAGCUGGAACACCAGGUGGAGUCAGAGAAGGAUACUUCAGUCAGCCGGCCCCACAUCGGUGAGAGCCGCAUGUGGGAGCUGCAGCAGAAGAUGGAGCAGAUUCUGAGCGCCGUCAUCGGCGGAGACAAGAUCCAAAACAUCCAUUUAUUGUCCUUCCCAUCGAUGGCCGACGUGGCGGACGUCUUGAAAGCAAUGGCCGCCAGCGGCUCGGCCAAGGAAGCAGCCAAGGCACUGGAAGCCCGAGGUCGUUUGGAUGGGCUUCGGCUGCGGUUCUCUCCAAACUGCCGCAUCACGGAGGAUCUUCCGAUACUUCGACCUGCCUUGGUGGCUCUCCAGCUCUUUAACAGCACCAAGGGGUUUACGUCCACACUGGCCUUGUCACUCAGCGAGGCCGAAAGCAUCCGCUGGAUCCUGCAAAGCUCAGCACACGAGUCCAGCGAGUCCAGCCACGGCUUUGUGCUGCACACGAUCUCCGAAGCCCCUAUGUUCGAAGCUCCGGAGACCACAAUGGAAGAGCACCACGUGCUUUGCCGGAACCGGACGUUUGCUGUCCCCCAGGCUGCCAUCAGCUUCCUGCGCUUCUACCUGGGUGAGUCCUGGUUCUCGGAGCACGAAGUGCGCUGCUUGCAGGACAUUGUCGGCAAGUCCAAGCAGGACUUCCAGCGGCUGCGCUCGGCGGCCUUCAGCGCCCGGCGGGUCGGGGGAUCGGCGGACUGGUCCUCGACGCCCCUGGCGGCGGUCCUCGGAGACCGAGAUCUCGCAACCGGAGUUGCGAUGCCGCCAGUGGGCCCGACGUACCUGGAACGCUACAGCAGCGUUGCCUUGGCAGGGGGCCGCGACUUUGUGGAGACCUAUACAAGGCAGCAGCCCAUGGCAGAAAAAGAUUCUGCGGUUGCAGAUGCAGACGAAUGA